AUGUGUGUGAACCUGGACAAGCUACAGCCCGUGGCCACAGAGGAGCUGCUGGUGAACCGCUCCAUGGUUCUACUGGAGGACCGAAAGUUCUGGGCCGGGAUCGUCUUCAAUAUCUCCCACAACGCCUCCGAGCUGCCCCCACACCUGAACUACAAAAUCCGCAUGGACAUCGACAAUGUGGAGAGGACCAACAAGAUCAAGGACGCAUACUGGGACCCCGGACCCCGUGCGGACCCCUUCGAGGACAUGCGUUACAUCUGGGGAGGCUUCACGUACCUCCAGGAUGUCGUCGAGCAGGGCAUUGUCCGUGCCAUGACUGGGACCACGGAGAGGACCGGAGUCUACCUCCAGCAGAUGCCCUAUCCCUGCUACGUGGACGACAUCUUCCUGCGCGUCAUGUCCCGCUCCAUGCCGCUCUUCAUGACCCUGGCCUGGAUGUACUCGGUGGCCAUCAUCCUGAAGAGUGUGGUGUAUGAAAAGGAGGCGCGGCUGAAGGAGACCAUGCGCAUCAUGGGCCUGAACAACGGCAUGCUGUGGUUCAGCUGGUUCAUCAGCAGCCUGGUGCCUCUGCUGGUCAGCGCCGCGCUCCUGGUGCUGCUGCUCAAGCUGGGGAACCUGCUUCCAUACUCAGACCCAGGCGUGGUCUUCUUGUUCCUGGGCUCCUACGCAGUGGUGACCAUCAUGCAGUGCUUCCUGCUCAGCACAGCGUUUGCCAGAGCCAACCUGGCAGCCGCCUGCGGAGGCAUCAUCUACUUCACCCUGUACCUGCCCUACGUGCUCUGUGUGGCCUGGUCCGACUACAUUGGCUUCGGGGCCAAAGUCUUUGCUUCGCUCCUGUCCCCUGUGGCUUUCGGCUUUGGCUGCGAGUACUUCUCCUUGUUUGAGGAACAGGGCGUGGGCAUCCAGUGGUCCAACCUCCUAAGCAGUCCGCUGGAGGAGGACGACUUCAGUCUGCGCACAGCCAUUGGCCUCAUGUACGUGGACGCGGUGCUGUACGGGAUCCUCACCUGGUACCUGGAGGCUGUCUUCCCAGGUCAGUACGGGAUCCCUCGGCGCUGGUUCUUCCCCUUCACUAAGUCCUACUGGUUUGGAGAAAAAGAUGGAGAAAGCAAGGUGCCUUUGAACCGCAGACGCAACCCUGGAGUGAUAGUGAUGGAGGAGGAGCCUGCUCACCUGGACCCUGGAGUCUACAUCGAGGACCUAGUGAAGGUUUACAGACACGGCAACAAGCUGGCUGUGGAUGGACUCACUCUGGGUUUCUACGAAGGACAGAUCACCUCCUUCUUAGGACACAAUGGAGCCGGCAAAACCACCACCAUGUCGAUCCUGACAGGACUGUUCCCACCCACUUCUGGCACCGCCUACAUUCUGGGCAGAGACAUCAAAUCAGACCUGAGCGCCAUCCGCCAGAGCCUGGGAGUGUGUCCUCAGCACAAUGUGCUCUUCAGCAUGUUGACGGUGGAGGAGCACAUCUGGUUCUACGCCCGUCUCAAAGGGCUGAGCGAGGCCCAGGUGAAAUCAGAGAUGGAGCAGAUCCUGAAGGACACCGGGCUUCCUCACAAACGCACGGCCCGCACAAGCGCGCUCUCCGGGGGCAUGCAGAGGAAGCUCAGCGUGGCCCUGGCCUUUGUGGGCGGGGCCAAAGUGGUCAUCCUGGACGAGCCCACGGCCGGAGUAGAUCCGUUCGCCCGUCGCGGCAUCUGGGACCUGCUGCUCAAGUACCGCUCGGGGAGGACCAUCAUCCUGUCCACUCACCACAUGGACGAGGCGGACAUCUUGGGGGACCGCAUCGCCAUCAUCUCCCACGGGAAGCUCUGCUGCGUGGGCUCCUCCCUGUUCCUCAAGACUCACCUGGGAACUGGCUACUACCUGACACUGGUGAAGAAGGAGCCCGAGCCCUCCAUGAGCUCCUGCAGGAACUCCUCCUCCACAGUGUCCGACUGCAAAAAGGAUGAAGAUGGCGCAUCGAUCAGCUCCAGUGACGCAGGACUUGGCUCUGAACACGAGAGUGAAGCAGCCACCAUCGACCCCCCCAGCAGCAGUGUGGGUGGCGCCUCUACUGACCCCCCCACGGAUCAACCCAUGGUCCCAGCUAACAUCGCCCACGUGUCUGCUCUCGUCCUGGGCCACAUCCCGGGGGCACGCCUGGUGGAGGACCUGGGUCACGAGCUCACUUACAUCCUGCCCUACUCCGCUGCCAAAGACGGGGCCUUCCCAGACCUGUUCCGGGCCCUGGACCAGAACUUACACCAACUGGGCAUCUCCAGCUACGGAGUGUCCGAUACCAGUCUGGAGGAGAUCUUUCUGAAAGUAGCAGAGGACAAUGGAGUGGAUACAGACGUUCCCUCAGAUGGGACUCUUCCCGUACGGGUCAGACGCAGGCGGAGGACCCACGCCUUUGGAGGAGGAGAUCACCAGAGCUGUCUGAAGCCCCUCACAGAGGACGACCUGCAGGGGAAUGAGUCUGAGGGAGACCCAGUAGAGGACCCGGACUGGCUGAACUGCACAGAGGGGAAAGGCUCGUACAGUGUGAGCGGCUGGGCCCUGAGGAGGCAGCAGUUUGUGGCACUCAUCUGGAAGCGCUUCCUCUAUGCCAGGCGCUCCCGUAAAGGAUUCUUUGCCCAGAUUGUUCUCCCGGCCGUGUUCGUGUGCAUUGCUCUGGUCUUCAGUCUCAUCGUCCCACCUUUUGGAAAGUACCCCAGUCUGGAGCUGCAGCCCUGGAUGUAUGAGGACCAGGUCACCUUCAUCAGCGACGAUGCUCCCGGAGACGUGAAAAUGCAGAAGCUCCUCAGUGCUCUUCAGGAGGACCCGGGCUUUGGGACGCGCUGCAUGAAAGACUACUCCAUACCUGAUACGCCGUGCACCAUGGGGGACGAGGAGUGGUCGGUCCCCCCUGUCCCAGAGGACGUGCUGGAGGUCUUCUCUUCUCCGAGUAACUGGUCCAUGAGCGAGCCCUCCCCUGCCUGCUACUGCAGCUGUGACGGCAACAAGCGCAUGCUGCCAGAGUGUCCCCCUGGAGCCGGAGGACUGCCCCCGCCCCAGAUGAAGCUGAGUGCCACUGACGCCCUUCAGAACCUCACCUCCAGGAACAUCUCGGACUACCUGGUCAAAACCUACGCCCAGAUCAUCGGAAAGAGUCUGAAGAACAAAGUGUGGGUCAAUGAGUUCAGGUAUGGAGGAUUCUCAUUGGGCGCUCGGAGCACCCAGGUCCUGCCUCCAGCGGAUGAGGUCAAUGACGCCAUAGAGAGACUCCGCAAGAUCUUUGAACUAGAAAAGGGGGCAGCAGCGGAUCGCUUCCUGGACAAUUUGUCUGGAUUCAUCAAUGGCCUGGACACAAAGAACAACGUCAAGAUCUGGUUCAACAACAAAGGCUGGCACAGCGUGGGUGCCUUCCUCAACGUCAUGAACAAUGGGAUCCUGCGCGCCGCACUGCCCCCAGAGGCCGACCCCAGUUAUUACGGCAUCACAGCCUUCAACCACCCACUCAACUUGACCAAGGAGCAGCUCUCACAAGUGGCUCUUGUGACCACCUCAGUGGACGUCCUGGUCUCCAUCUGCGUGAUCUUCGCCAUGUCCUUCGUCCCGGCCAGCUUUGUGGUCUUCCUCAUCCAGGAGCGUGUGUCCAAAGCCAAACACAUGCAGUUCAUCAGCGGCGUGCACCCGCUGCUCUACUGGGUGGCCAACUUCAUCUGGGACAUGUGCAAUUAUGUGGUGCCGGCGACUCUGGUCAUCAUCAUCUUUUGUUGCUUCCAACAAAAGGCUUAUGUGUCUUCCACCAACCUGCCUGUGCUGGCCCUGCUGCUGCUGCUCUAUGGUUGGUCCAUCACUCCUCUCAUGUAUCCCGCCUCCUUCUUCUUCACCAUCCCGUCCACGGCUUACGUGGUCCUCACCAGCGCCAACAUCCUGAUCGGCAUCAACGGCAGCAUCUCCACCUUCGUCAUGGAGCUGUUCGGCAACAACGAGAUCGGAGGCAUUAAUGACAUCCUGAAGAACGUCCUGCUGAUCUUCCCUCACUUCUGUCUGGGACGAGGCCUCAUCGACAUGGUGAAGAACCAGGCCAUGGCCGACGCCCUCGAGAGGUUUGGGGAGAACCGCCUGCGCUCCCCUCUGCAGUGGGACAUGGUGGGGAAGAACUUGUUUGCCAUGGCCGUUGAGGGAGUGGUCUUCUUCAUCAUCACCGUCCUCAUUCAGUAUCGCUUCUGCAUCAAGCCCAGAGCCACCAGCUCUCUGCACAAACUGGGUCCUCUGGGAGACGAGGACGAGGAUGUGGCCAAGGAGAGACAGAGGAUCGUCCACGGCCUGGGACACGGAGACAUCCUGGAGCUGCGCCAACUCACCAAGGUGUUCAAAGCGAAGCAGAAACCCGCAGUGGACCGUCUGUGUGUGGGCAUCCCUCCUGGAGAAUGUUUUGGUUUGCUGGGAGUGAACGGAGCAGGGAAAACCACCACCUUCAAAAUGCUGACGGGAGACACUAUGGUGACCAGUGGAGAGGCCUUCCUCAACGGGAAGAGUAUUCUGCGUGAGAUUGACGAGGUGCAUCUCAACAUGGGGUACUGUCCUCAGUUCGACGCUGUGAACGAGCUGCUGACAGGACGGGAGCAUCUGGAGCUAUAUGCAGUUCUGAGGGGAGUGCCUGAGGAGCAGGUCUGCGAUGUGGCAGAGUGGGGCAUCCGGAAGCUGGGGCUGCUGAAGUACGCAGAUAAACGAGCUGGCAGCUACAGUGGAGGAAACCUGAGGAAACUCUCCACCGCUAUGUCCCUGAUCGGAGCGCCCCCGGUGGUCUUCCUGGACGAGCCCACCACGGGUAUGGACCCCAAAGCCCGCAGAGCGCUCUGGACCUGCAUCCAUGGACUCAUCAAGACCGGACGCUCCAUCGUGCUCACCUCACACAGUAUGGAGGAGUGUGAGGCCCUGUGCACAAGGAUGGCCAUCAUGGUGAACGGCAGGUUCCGCUGCCUGGGCAGUGUGCAGCACCUCAAGAACAGGUUUGGAGAUGGCUACACCAUCGUGCUGCGGGUGGCCGGUCCAGACCCAGACCUGGUCCCGGUUCAGAAGUUCAUAGAGUCUACUCUGAGCGGCAGCACGCUCAAAGAGAAGCACCGUAACAUGCUCCAGUACCAGCUUCCGUCCCGCCUCACGUCCCUGGCACACAUCUUCAACACUCUGGCCACGCACAAGAGCCAGCUGAGCAUAGAGGACUACUCUGUGAGCCAGACCACCCUGGACCAGGUGUUUGUGAACUUUGCUAAAGACCAGAGCGAUGACUAUCAUUUCAAAGACGCCUCUGUGCGCCGUAAGGACCCGCCCCUUGCUGUCAGCGUGGACCUUUCACACGAGGAGGAGACGGUCAUGUGA